UCCCUCCCCCCACCUAGUCGCCUGCUUGGCAUCCAACUUCUAAUCGCCUCACCACACAGAAAAGGCAAAAGGAAACAAAAACCUCAUAGAAUUUCCGGGGAGUUACUCUAGAGAUUUCCGGCGGAACCUCGCGCCAGGAUGGCACCCACGGCGACGGAGCCGGAGCAGAGCCAGCAGCACACGAAGAAGGCGGUGGGCCUGGCGGCGCUCGACGCCUCCGGCCGCCUCUCCCCGCUCGCCAUCACCCGAAGAAGCACCGGAGACGACGAUGUCAUGAUAAAGAUUCUGUACUGCGGGAUCUGCCACUCUGACCUGCACAGCAUCAAGAACGACUGGAAGAACGCUAAGUACCCCAUGAUCCCUGGGCACGAGAUCGCCGGCGAGGUCACCGAGGUCGGCAAGAACGUGACCAAGUUCAAGGCCGGCGACCGUGUCGGUGUCGGGUGCAUGGUGAACUCGUGCCAGUCCUGCGAGAGCUGCGACAAGGGCUUCGAGAACCACUGCCCGGGCAUAAUCUUCACCUACAACUCGGUCGACCGUGACGGCACUGUCACCCACGGCGGCUACUCCAGCAUGGUGGUGGUGCACGAGCGUUUCGUGGUCCGGUUCCCGGACGCCAUGCCGCUGGACAAGGGCGCGCCCCUGCUGUGCGCCGGCAUCACCGUGUACAGCCCCAUGAAGUACCACGGGCUGAACGUUCCCGGGUUGCACCUUGGCGUGCUGGGACUGGGCGGACUGGGCCACGUCGCCGUCAAGUUCGGCAAAGCCUUUGGGAUGAAGGUGACGGUGAUCAGCUCGUCGCCAGGGAAGAAGCAGGAGGCCCUCGAGAGGCUUGGCGCUGACGCGUUCGUCGUCAGCAAGGACGCCGACGAGAUGAAGGCUGCGGUGAGCACCAUGGAUGGCAUCAUAAACACGGUGUCUGCAAACAUCCCCAUGGCCCCUCUCCUCGGGCUACUCAAGCCCAACGGCAAGAUGAUCAUGGUCGGCCUCCCAGAGCAGCCUAUCGAGGUCCCUCCCUUUGCUCUGGUUGCCAGGAACAAGACCCUGGCCGGGAGCUGCAUCGGCGGCAUGAGGGACACCCAGGAGAUGCUGGACCUCGCGGCGAAGCACGGCGUGACGGCAGACAUCGAGGUGAUAAGCGCGGAGUACGUGAACACAGCGAUGGAGCGCCUUGCCAAGGCUGACGUCAGGUAUCGAUUCGUCAUCGACAUCGCCAACACCCUCGACAAGGCCGCCGCUGCAGCCACAACCGAGUGACCGCCGACGUAACUCUAAGCGCUGCUCGCGGUCUACGUUGGUCUCUGGUUCUCUGCUGUUAUCACAUACUUUAUCAGUAGUACUAGUAACAUUGAACAGUCGAAAAUUAUUGUCAGUGAUGUACUCCCUCCGUUCCUAAAUAUAAGUCUUUUAAGAGAUUUCACUAA